AUGGCCCUGGUGACUCUGCAGCGCUCUCCCACCCCUAGUGCAGCAUCCUCGGCCAGCACGACCAACAGCAGUGCGGGGGAGGAUUUUGGAAGUGACGAUGACCGGAAAAAUAGUCAGAGCCUCAGUGAGAGCUUCUUCAUGGUCAAAGGAGCCGCCCUCUUCCUCCAGCAGGGUGGCAAUGCUGAGGGACCAAAGACCCCAACCCACCACAAACACGCAGGUGAUUUACCUCAACACCUGCAGGUCAUGUUUAAGGUUCUCCGGUCUGAAGAUCGCAUUAAGCUGGCUGUACGGUUAGAGAGCGGAUGGUCGGAGAGGGUGCGCUACAUGGUUGUUAUCUACACCAACGGCCACCAGGACACAGAGGAAAACAUUGUCCUGGGAAUGGACUUUACAGAUAAGGACAGUAAAAUUUGCUCUAUUGGGAUGGUGCUACCACUGUGGAGUGAUACCAACAUACAUUUAGAUGGAGAUGGAGGCUUCAGUGUGAACACAGCAGGGCGGUCACAUGUCUUCAAGCCUGUGUCUGUGCAGGCCAUGUGGUCUGCCUUGCAGGUCCUCCACAAGGCAUGCGAGGCGUCGCGUCGGUUCAACUACUUUCCAGGGGGCAUCGCUCUUACAUGGAUGGCCUUCUAUGAGAGCUGCAUCAACUCGGAGCAAAGCUGCAUCAAUGAGUGGAAUGCUAUGACCGACCUGGAGACCACCCGGCCUGAUUCACCCACGAUGUUUGUGGACCGGCCAACAGAACGAGAGAGAACAGAGUGUCUCAUUAAAACCAAACUACGCAACAUCAUGACAUUUCAAGACCUGGAGAACAUCACCUCAAAGGAGAUCCGUAAUAAGCUGGAGCAGCACAUGAGCUGCAACCUCACAGAGUACAAGGAGUUUAUAGAUAAUGAGAUGCUUCUGAUCUUGGGUCAGAUGGACAAGGCUACAUCCAUCUUUGACCAUGUGUACCUGGGCUCCGAGUGGAACGCUUCCAACCUGGAAGAACUACGAGACUGCGGAGUGGGUUACAUCUUGAAUGUCACCAGAGAAAUUGACAACUUCUUCCCAGGGAUGUUCUCUUAUCACAACGUUCGUGUGUACGAUGAGGAUGCUACCGACCUGCUGGCCCAUUGGAACGACACCUACAACUUUAUAGUCAAAGCCAAGAAGAACAAUUCCAAGUGCCUGGUGCACUGUAAGAUGGGUGUGAGCCGGUCUGCCUCUACAGUUAUUGCCUAUGCAAUGAAGGAGUAUGGCUGGUCUCUGGAGAAAGCAUACAACUUUGUCAAGCAGAAACGGAGUAUAGCUCAGCCAAAUGCUGGUUUCAUGAAACAACUGGCAGAAUAUGAGGGGAUAUUGGAUGCCAGUAAACAGCGCCACAACAAGCUAUGGAGGCCUGAAACCGAUGAGGAGGGCUCAGAUGAUUUGCAAGCCUCUGGCCACAGUGCAGGUGGGGAGGGAACACCAGUGCUCAGAGAGGAUGAAGCCUGGGGAGGUUGUGGGGCGUCUCCCUGCAGGGGUAUGGGUCUAGAGAUGGAACCUCUUGACUCUCUUAACUACAAUUACUACUUCAGACGUUUAUCAGACUCUGCACUAGACAGUGAGCCCUCCACCCCAGUGCGGGGACCCCCUCUGCUGGGUAUGGAGAGAGUUUUCAUUGAGAUUGAAGAUGUGGAGAGAGACGCCCUAUUGGAGGAUGAGGGCUUCCCCAUGGCCCACUUAGCCUUACCUGGUGAGGGUACAGCUGCACAGACAUGUGGACGCCUUGACCCCUUGGAGGAUAUGAGACUGAGGCUCGAGAUCAGCACUUUGGAGGAAGAGGAUGAGGAAGAGGCCAAGAAAGAGGAGGCUGAGAUGGCGGCCUUGGCUCAGUCACCCGGAAAUUCAGAUGGGAAGAAGGCAGGGGAGGAGGCUGAGAGGCGAGAAGAAAGCCGGUUAGGCUUAGCCAAUCUCAACACAAACAACAGCAACCGCCUAGCUGCCAAGCGUAGCUGCCCUGCGGCUUUUGACGACAGUGCUAGCACAGGAAACCCUUUAAAAGUGAAGCCCUCCUAUCAAUCCUGUAAAGACUGCCUGCGUCUACCACAAGGGCGGCGUUGUGACCGUCCAGCAGGAGGCCGUUCUCACCGCCUUAACCCCUCCCGUCACUGCACUGUCCCCUCCAUAUGCAUAGAUCCGCCGGGGACCAUUUUUACUUCCACUCCAAUUCUACAGUCUCUGCCAGCGCCCACAGUUGUCCAACCUAACUUGGUCCACCCCAGUAGUCAUCUCUACCGCUGUGCGACCUGCACCCCAGAUGUCCCACUAGCCAACCAACAAAAACAGAUCUCGCCCAUGAGCUGUGAGGACACCCCUCAUGACCGCAACUCAGUGGAGACGGAGGACAUGGACGAACCACAGGUGGAUGAUGUGGAAGAAGAGACAUCAAGGGAAGGUAGUGGUACAGUGGAGCUUCAGCAGCAGGCCCUGGCCCAACUGCAAAUGCCAGGACUGGGGAUAGAGUUUGGUCUAGAACUGAUGCGACAGAGGUCGGAGCAGCUUGAGAAGCUUCCAAGCUUAGCCAUGGAGGGCCAGCUCCCAGUGGGACCCCUGCCUUAA